UUUGUUCCGUUUUCCCUCCAAGGUGUCCGACUAAUUCAAGAUGCGGCCUUCGAAAAAGUUGCUGAAGAUGAGUGCAACUAAUUGGUCCAACCUGACCCUCCACCUGGAGGGGUCCCUGACCAGUGCUCUAGGCCAUUACCUGGACAACUGGAGACGUAACAUGACAGCUGCAGCCAAUGCUUUGGACAAGACUCUGGCUGAGGAGAACUUCAAGAACGUCAUCUGGUAUCUGGUGGUGAUGAUUGGUAUGCUUGCCUUCAUUGUUGUGGCCAUCCUGGUGAGCACAGUCAAAUCCAAGAGGAGAGAGCACUCUAAUGACCCCUACCACCAAUACAUCAAGGAGGACUGGACUUCUCAGUUACAACAGGGCGACGUUGUCACUAACUUUGGGGCUGGAUAAGGCAAGCAGAGACACGUAACACACAGCAGGUCAUCAUUAUCAUCAACAGCAGCAGAACUAUAACAUAAUUCUUUUUUUUUUUAUAUCUUUUCUUUUUUAGUGAAUGCAGCUCAAAUUUGUAACCAGAAUAAUAAAGUCUAAUUGAAAUUGUGUA